AUGUCGGCCAGCCUCAUCAGAUCAAUACAGACUCUGAAUAGGUCAGCCAUACGGAGUUCUUCUGCUUCGGCACCUGGAUUCUGCUUGAUCGCCCGGUCGCGACCCAUUGCCCGACUCGGAUCAUCUUGUACCAUUGUCGACAAAUUGCAGAAGCGCCAUCAGACCACAUCGGAUAGGCCUCCAGAUGCAAGGAAAGCCGUAAAAAGAGGCACUCCUCCGCCUCCGCCUCCUGGGUUGAUGCAGUUCCUGCGCCGAGCGCUGACAUUUCGCGGCCUAUUUUCCUCUCUCACCCCCAACGGUCUCAAGAUCCUGUAUCGACAGAGCCCCAUUGAGCUCGUGGCAGCUUUAGCUAUUCUCGCCGGCCUGCUAGGCAUAUCAGCAUACAUCAUCAAAGUAUGCAUCGAAUACUUCUACGCACGCCAGUUCACCAAAUAUCCUGCGCCGAUCGCAAAGUCUCUCCGACGAGCCCUAUACUAUACCAAUAUGAGCCCGGACCCACAAUUGGCCAAAAAGUGGUACAAGAAGGCUCUGGAGCAGUGCGAUGAACUGGGUCUUGAUCCGUAUUCUGACGAUGUGCUGGGCAUCAGGAUCCAGACAGCGGCGUGGCUCGAGAAAAUCGGCAACUACCAAGGAGCCAUCACUGUCUUGGAAAGCAUAAUGAAGGACUGCACAAAAUGGGUGGGCGUAAUGGAGACGGGUAUCGCAGACGAAACCAUCGACAAGUCAGGCGUCGUGCCCCCGAGUCAGGCCACACACGGAGAUGGCGAGCAAGAUACCCAAGAAGCGGAGGAAGAAAAGCCGGAAAACCUAUGGCACAAGCGUAACAGGUUGCUAGCUAAAGCUGUCGGCACUAGCACAAAGCUGGGGGAGCUCUACGCCGACAACCACGUCAACGACUCGGACAAUGCUCACGCUCGUCUGACAUGGGCUGUGGAGACCGCUCUUUCGGAGUCCAGGCGGCGGUCAGCUGAGGGCGUCAAGCCUGAGGAGGGCAAAUGGCUAACCCCUGAAGAAUUCGGUGGUGUCAUGGAGUCUCUGGCGCAACACUACGAGGCAAAGGACCAAUUCCACCUUGCUGUACCGCUUUUGUUCCAGGCCCUACGCCUGUGCCAGAGCCCAUGUCACCGUCCAACCAUCAUGAACAAUCUUGCAGUUUCCUUCGCACAACACCCAGUUCUGAGCACUCCGCAUGCCAUUCCGGAUGCGCCGGCUCCUUCGGAUGCCCUCAGCAGCCCCGGCAUGCCCACCACGCGGGAUGGACUGCUUGAAGCGGCCUGGAACUGGGCCAAGAACGCUAGGCGGCAUGCCAAGGAUGUUGAAUCCAGCGAGCGAACUCCGGAGUGUGAUCAAGCCUGUGCUGUGGCGCUGUCAAACAUGGCAGACAUUGCCUCACUGCGAGGCAACGCCACAGAGGCCGCUCGUUGGUUCAAGGAAUGCAUCGACUUCAGCAAGAAGAUUGGGUUUCAAGAAGGCGUCGCUCAGGCGGAAGCUCGCUUACAAACACUUAAGACUGCCAACCAGAUGCGAAGCCCGACAGCUUGA